AUGAGCCUUAUCAGCGAAACUCUGCAUACUGAUAUUUUGUUUGGUUUGGUCAAGGACAUUUCUCGAGUCAGAACUGAUCUUAGACUUAUAAUAUCUAGCGCAACAUUAAAUGCUCAAAAAUUUGCUGCCUAUUUUGAUGAUGCACCAAUUUUUAGGAUUCCAGGUAAACCUUACCCAGUUCAAAUUUGUCAUACAAAAGCUCCAGAAGCAAAUUACAUUUCUGCAGCAAUAGCUACCGUUAUGCAAAUACAUAUUUCACAAAAUACAGGAGACAUAUUAGUCUUUCUUACAGGUCAAGAAGAAAUUGAGACUGUUCAAGAAAGUUUACAACAAACAUGUAGAGUUCUUGGCAGUAAAGUAAAAGAAUUAAUAAUAUGUCCAAUUUAUUCCAAUCUUCCACCUGAUAUGCAAGCUAAAAUAUUUGAGGCAACACCACCUGGUGCUCGAAAA